CUAUUCCAGCUAGCUGGAAUAGCCUUUUAUAUGACUUACAUGGGUCCCUUGCCUAGAUGGUCGAGGGCUACCCGAGACCUCCACGGGCCUAGCCCGUUACAUCAAUAGUCUUUUAACUUCUCAACUUUCUUUCUUUCUUUUUCUUUCUUUACUUACUUUACCUAUACUUUUGGUAGUUAUUUAGAGUAGUAUAACUUUGCUAGAAUAAAUAGAGACCUUUACUACCCUAAUUUAUUAGAGUAGGCGACGGAGCCACCAUCUUCGAUUGAGUGGACUUGGCAUAGCCGGACUGGAUAUAUUGUGAUUCAUUGGUACAAAUCUCGUCUAUAAAAUUUCGAAUAGCAUCUGGCUUCGGGGCUAGAGCUCGUGGUACAUGAGGGUCACGCCGAUGAAUAGCGACAUGCCAAGAAUCACGCAUAUUACCAUGAGUCCAGCUUUAGAGAGCAACAUCCUCUUAAAUAUAUCCUCGUAGCCAUCGAGAUUUAGCCGUAGAUGGUUUGGCUAGUUCUAGGUGAGCCGUUGCGAAAUGCCUCAGUAUAAUAUCCAAGCUCGUCGUUCGCAAGUGACAUAGGCGGCAAGCAGAGCCAUGUUAUACCAAAAGAUAGGGGUGUGGCUGUGAGCCAUUGCUUCGUGGAGGUAAUGUGUUCGGAUCUAGAAUAUUAAACGAUUUUAGCAUGAUAGUGAGGCCCCGGUGUGUAUAUCUACUUAUUCCAUGCUUCUCUCCAAGGUAUCUAGUUAGCUGGUUGCUUGCCUUCAAUGCAAAGCCACAGUCCAUGCAGAUAAUAUCAGGGGCAUCUUGGUCAUAGAAUAGAUUGACAGAUUUGAGCUGUUGCAGCUGUUCACUAGUAGGUAGCAUUUUAAUGAGAUACUUUUAAUAUAAUAAGCGAAUAUAUUUUUACCAAUAAUCAAGUAAAAUAGUUAAGAGAAAUAGGAGUGCGCGGAAUCAACAGGGAUAUUAAUUAAGCCCUAGGACUGGGCGAGUCUACAGGGGCAUCCGGCGCGUUCAGUCGACUCAGAGCAUUCCAACGCGUUCAGUCGAUUAAACAGGGGUAUUGCAAGACACAUCCAUCCGAUUCAACAGGGGUAUACGCAGAAUGAACAGGGAAUUUACACGGAAUGAACAGGGUAUUUUUGCACGAUCUGGGCGGAAUCAACAGGGAUUAAGCACGACAACCACCUUGAAGAUCACCCCACUUUAGAAACAGGGGUAUGAACCGGUAGAAAAGCAGCGGCGUAAAACCGGUACAAUUUUUUGUUAUGAACGUGAUAUAAUAGCUGGCUUAAUAGGCCUAGCGCCUGGAGUAACUUAUACCUUGUUAUAUCACCACAAGACUCCGCAGUCACGUGAUUACGUGGAACGCCUAGGUCGCUAGUAAUCAUCGCAACUCAUAAGAAAGGGCCCGUCGACAACAGGGUGAACUGGUCCCCAUCAAGAAACCAGAUGGUAACAGAUAAUCAGCUUGCCAAGGCUGGUCGAGGCAUCCUCUGGAUCCCGAGUCGGGUAAGGAGUUAGAUAACGAUGGCCUUCGGGCGUGAAACCGUGGUUGAGGGAGGAGGCAGGACAGGACGCGGCGACCAACGGGGUGGACCCGAAGGCAUUGGCGUCGCGCACUCACGUGCGCGGCUGGAACCACCUACAGUGAUUUGUCGGCCUGUAGAACUGCAAUAUUUUAGCCCCUCCUCUACACGUCUUAUGCUACUCUGUAGCGCUUUAUAGACGUUAAUAAUAUACAUACAUACAUAUCGAAGCUUCGAUGGUGAACUCUUUCACGAGAAAAUUAGGAGGAAAUUCUACUUAGUAAGGGCACUGUUGACCAGCACGUCUCCAUGCCACUGCAGGCUAUUAUAGACGGAAAAUACAUCAAAUCAAAUCAAAUCAAAUCAAAUAUGCCUCUUUAUGUCGACUCGCCUUGCCCGGAAUAGAAGGCGAAGCGGAUUCAGCUUUGGAUUUUCGGCCAAUCAGACAACGGAACAAGCACUUGCUCCAGAGGCGACUGACAUUUGCCUUCAUUGGACUUGCUAUACCUACAAUUCCCAGCUAGCCCAGCUGGGUACAAGUAGCGAGUUCCGCUGUUGCUUUCAUUGGGCUUUAAUCCAGCGCGGCGACUAUUUGGCAUAACGAGGCUGCGCCAAUGGACACGAGCAGGACUCCGGCAAAACGUCCAUAGCACCCAUUUAGGCCAUCGAUCGGCGAGUGGCUAUGGUUCAUAGCAUGGAGAGCGACAGCCGAAGGCGGACCGUGAUGUCAUAGCGGCGCAUAUUGCCCGAAUCAACAUCCAGCUUGCUAGCCUCACAGCCCCGUCUUGCAUCUGACGCCUGGCCAUAUCAGCCGCAAAACGUCAUAGAAAGAUGUUGUCAGCAAAGAUGCAAAUAUAAAUAGCAAGAAGGCGGACUGCUUAAUUGAAACGUUGUAUAUAACGUAACGUCCAUCUAAACCAACUUUUAUAUACCGAAGGACAAUAAAAACCAAGAAGUCAAACAUGACCGGGAUGCUGUUGUCAUCCGGCAGCUCUGGCUCCAGCUCGACACUGUCGCGUUGGGCCCCUGUAGCCUCUCUCUACAUGCUCCUACUCUCCCUAUCGGCUACUGCUGCUGCCGCUCAGCCCGAGCACACCGGCCCUCUGACCUACCCCGUGGCCAUGCUUAGCCAGCCCUCGGUCGCAGUCAAGAUCAACGGCAUCACGCGCCAACUAGUCAUCGACUCGGGCAGCCCCGACACAUUUGUCUACACCAAGGGCAUCGCAUGUAUUAGCCCGAACCUCACGCCGGCUAACAACUGCACCUUUGGCGACGACCAGUACUCGGGCACUUUUGAGCGCGUCGACGGCGUCGUCUUCAACCAGACAUACGGCACCAACCAGCAACUCAGCGGGCCCUUUGGCUACGCGUCCAUCGAGGUGGCCGGCAUCACCAUAUCCAAGCAGCGCAUCGCCUUCGUAGACCGCUCCACCAGCAACACAAUACCCGGUGAUGGCAUCUUGGGCAUGGCUCCUGGUGGCAUUAUGGAGGCUGCGUGGAAGGGUAACAACGCUACCACGGUGCAGGUAGGCCCUGAGAACCAAGUCAAGUACCCGACCGUCUUUGAGUCCAUGUACAACUCCAGCAGUCCCCUCAUCAAAAAGCCCUUUUGGAGCUUUGCGUUGAAUCGCGACAGCAGCACCGGCUCAAUUGGCUUCGGAGCCUCCGUGCCCGAGGCCGCCAACGUCACGUCUUGGAUCUCUGCCCCUUUCACAAGCGUUCAUUUCAAGGGUGACAACUCUACCAACAACUACUACACGAUCCAGCCCGAUGGCUUUGAGCUUGCUGGCAAGCGUGUAUCCACCGACUACCCCCUCGUCGUCGACACGGGCACCUUUGUCAACCGCCUCCCUGACGAUAUCGCCGACAAGUUCAACGCUGCGUUUGAUCCCCCCGCACAGUUCAAUUCUACGUACCAAAUCUACGGUACUUCCUGCGACGCUAAGGUCCCCGACUUUGCCCUCAUUAUUGGUGGCAAGCUCUUCAAGCCCAGCACAAAGGAUAUGCUGCAACCUUUAUCGCCAGGUGACAAGUCCAUCUGCGUCACCGCCAUAACCAAGUCUUUCAACAACUUAGGCAAUGAAAACAUCUUCCCCCAGGGGCUUCAGGUUCUGUCCGACAUGUUUCUCAACUCGGUUGUGACCGAAUUUGAUUUGGGCAAGAAAGAGGUUCGCUUUGGCCUGCGGGCAUCUUCCCCCUCGUCGACUGGUCAGGGUGGUAAUGGCACAUCCACAAGCACACCCACUACUGCUAGUCUAUCGUCCUCCGUCGUAGCCUCUUCGCCUAGCACCCCGACCAACGCAAAGUCGGAUGCUGGCAAGGUAGCCUUCUCUGUUAUGCCGUACCUGGCCGUCUUUGCGUCCAUGCUCGUACUUUCAUAGCAGGCAAUUAUGACCCUAUCAUCCUCUUAAUCGCUUAGAUUAUAUUAGAUAAGACUAAUAUUACCUAGUUGAAUUCUAAGAAAUACUCCAUCCUACCUCUGUUCGUCCGCCCACUCUAACAAGCUACGCUGCAGUCAAGCCUCGCAACGUCAUCGCCGGGCUCCCUUCUAACGUACCAGCAGUAGCCAUUCAACUACUAUAACUGCAACUUCACAAGAGCAACAUCCCAAG